AUGUCGAGGAGGGGCACCGCUUCGCUGUUCGUGCCAGAUGACUUGCUGGAGAGUACGCUUCGAGCGUCCGUGGAGGAGUCGCGGAGGAAGUCCAAAAGACUGUUUGCUGUGGGGCGAAGGGAGGAAGGCGUGACUGUCGUCGCAGACUUGCUCGAGGCGGAGGACGUCGAUAUGGCGCAGGCGGAACUUCGGCGUCGAGGCGCUGCAGGGACCCAGCAUGGACUGGAGACCGUGGGAGAGAUCGUACACGGUAGAUGCGCGGAGUUGGACGGGGCUCGGCGCACGCCAAAUCUUCGCUUCCGCUUGCUCCGUCCCCAGGAAUCGUCGGCGGACCACAAAACACUGUCCCCCUCGCCCUCCGUCAUACUCUACGCCCCUCCGCGGCAUCUCGAAGCUCUCGCACUCGGCCCGCUCCCGCUCGACUUCCAUCCUGCCAGCUUCGGUCGGCAAAACGUCGAGGGCGACCAAAUCUCCUCGACUCACGGAGCAACCUUGAAGCAGGCCAGCCCGACAAUUGCGAUUGGCAUCCACCUCAUCAACGUUCUCCACCAAGACUCGCAUACUGUCCUCAGCGAAGCGGACAGCUCGCCUACAGCUCCAGCUGCACAAAUUUUGUACAGUUUGCUCCUGCUCGUGCCGGCGGUGCUUCAGGGAUGCGUGCGCAUCCUUUCCGUCCGGCUUCCCCUCCUCGGCCCGCUCAGCGAGCGCACGGCCUUUGCUCGCCAGCUGCAUACGCGCUUCGCACAGGCUGCUUCGCUGCUUCCCAUGUACUUCUCGCUGCGGCGCGAUCUGUAUGGAAGCGCUUCGGCUGAAGCGAGAGUGCAGGCGCACACGACGUACAUCCGUUUCUUCAACCUCGUCUGGCUCGUCGCAAACGACUUCAUCGUUGGAAUGGCGCUGGCCUCCUACGUCCGCGACAACGCCCCAUUCCUCAAACAUUUGGCUGAGAAGCUCGUCAGGGUCUACGUCCUUGCCUACUUGCGCGAACUGCUCGCAUGGCUGAGCAGCUGGCCGAUGGGCGUCAAAUUGAACGAUGAGGUGGCAACAGUCAUCUGCGCGGCGUUCCUUUUCCUCUCGCAACUGUGGGAGAACGUCUUCCUCGGCCCUGUACUCGCGCACCUCCCGGUCCACCUUAUCGGUCUCUGCGGCAUCCUCGGCGCCUCCUCCCUUCUCGCUCUCACCGCCGACCUCAUCUCCCUACUCACUCUCCCAUUCUUCGCCUGCUACGUCGCGGCUACGCUCGUCUAUCGCUGGAGCCUGAGUACGCUCAGCGCGCUAUUCAACGUCUUCCGAGGGCGCAAGUACAACCCGCUACGCAGCCGAGUCGAGCCUGCGACGUAUGAUGUGGACGCCCUGCUCCUCGGAACAAUCCUCUUCGUCACGAUCAGCUUCCUCUUCCCGACACUCGUGGCGUUCUACCUCGCUUUCGCCUCGUCUCGUCUGCUCAUACUUAGCGUCCAGGCCGUGCUACUGAUGGGCGUCAGCGCGCUCAACGCCUUCCCGCUCUUCGCGCUGCUCCUGCGACUCAAGUCGCCUCGCCGGCUGCCAGGAGGAGUCGAUCUCGAGGCUUGCGACGACGUGCGGCAUUGGCCGGAGCGCCAUCUGCAUCUUCGGUCACGUCCCGUGUCUUACAUCGCGAUCUUGUCGUCGCUCCUCGUCGUCUUUGACGAGUUCCUCUCGCCUCGGGGGCUUCUCAAGGUGCUCCGACACUUGCUCCUUGGCCAGGUCAUCUGGUAA